AUGGCCGUCGAUGUACCUCGUACUGUAAUCAAUAAACUUAUGCUGUUUACCGUGGCAAUGGUUGUACUACCUGUACUUACGUUUUUCAUUAUUCAACAGUACACACCAAACACCCUAGUCAGUGGAGGUUUAGCUGCUGCAAUGGCCAAUGUCGUUCUCAUCGUUUACAUCGUUGUAGCCUUCUGUGAAGAUACUGGCGAUUAUAAGGUUGAAAGCAACAAAAAAGAAGAUUGA